CAGGUUGACACCGAGGAGCGCAGGGCCGGCUUGCGGAAGUUGGACUGGUUGCCUUACGUGUCACCGGCGCGCGACGAGGAAGAGCAAAACAUGGAGGCGUACUCCAAGGAGGGUGGAGUCUUCUACAGGACGCUGCGCAUCGUCAAAGCAGGGGAGGAACUGCUGGUCUGGUACAGCAAAGACUUCACGCAGAUCCUGGGGGUUCCCGAACUGCAGAGCAACUCCAAACGAGGUAAGCCAGACGAGCGAAACGGAACUAACUAACUAACUUAAGAAAAUCAGCGGACACCGAGCCUUGAGGCUCAUAUGGUCCUCCCCAACGCACCACCCCGCCAACCAAACCGGCCGUCAACCACUCCCCCAGUGGUCUUUAUUCCGAUCGGGCCGCGAAGCGGCACGCCAGGGACGCUCCGCCCCUAAGAAAAGACCGCCACACUCGACCUCCACUCGAUUGGCCGCUGAGUGUGGCAGCCCCAGAGAAGAAACACCUGGCCAGCCGGAUUGCUGCUCACGCAGCAACAGGGCCGGACUUUCUAAGGGGUUGGGGUGGAUAUUUAACGUCUCUAAAGUCCCCCCUUACCACCCCGGGGGGACCGCGUAGUUGUUUAAGACCGACGCCCUCUACUAGGGUUUGUAUGGUUAUUCUACGGUGCGACUAAUUCACACCGUAGAUGGGAGAGAGAGGUUGCCUAGGAGCAGUGCCCUCAAGACUGCAUAGUUACGGAACUAAAUGGCUAGCUUCUGAAAUAAUAGUCUUUGUCAUGAGUUUGAAGAUAAAGCUUUCGUUAUCUCUAGUAGCAAAUAUAUAAAACAAGGUAUGGGAAAACCUGAAAAAAAAUGACGCAACAAAACAACGAAAGGUUCGGCUAAAAGCCUUCUUCGGCGAGGAAAACUGCGAGUAACAUAAAUAUACACAUUUUAAAUAAACACGUAGCUAAUAACCUCGCUGAGUAGCCCUUGCAACCAGGGACAUAUCCUCUUCAAUACCAGGCACAGAAACAUAGCGAAUCCCAUCUACAUAAAUAGGAGCCAAAACGGUCAAUGCAUUAAUCGUGAGCCUUUAAGGUACAGAAGAAGAAGAAAUGUAGCAUCAUAGAGAAGAGCAAAAGGGAGGUAACAGACCAUUCGUAGGCAAAAAAGUUAAUAUAACCGAUUGGGGAAUAUGGAUAGGUAAAGUAAGUCCACGAAAUUGGUUAUCUCUUGUAGCUUUCUAACUUGAUGUUAAUGAAUUCACUUAAUACUUCUCUACGUUUCUUAAUACGUUCACGCGAGAGCUCCGGGGGCACUGGUACGUUACCGUACAUGCUCGUGUAUAGGUGAAAUGCUUAGGUUGGGGUUAUCAAAGCGGCUGUUCGCGUUUGACCGGCAGAUGGGUCGAGCCCCUUUUAAACGUGAAUUUAACUUAAAUAUAACCACAAAAAUAAAAAUUAAUUCAUAAAAAAUUUAAAGCCGAAAAGCAAUGGUCACAAACUACGUCAUAAACUGCGCCACAAAGUACGUCAUAAACUAGAUGAUCAUUAACAAUCAUUUUUUUUUAAAUGAAUAGGCCUAUGCAGGGCCGGCGCCAGAGUAUUUGGCACCCUAGGCGAACCUGUCGCACUGCGCCCAUCACGCCCACGGCAACUAAUUAUUUAAUUAAUAGUGCCGCCCCUAAAAAUUUGCCGCCCUAGGCGGCCGCCUAGUUCGCCCUAUGGUUAAACUCGAAAGAAAGUUAGAAAACGAUUCUUGAAAUUUUCGUAUAAAUGACUACUCCACACUGAAUAGCAGCACCGGUUCCGGUACGCUAAACUGAUACGGAGUGGAUAGGUUGUACCCCUGAUUUAUAUCCAAAUUAUUGAUUCAUAAGAGUGGUACCUAUACGCGAGUAUACACGGUAGGCCAAUGGCUCAUUUUCCUAUAUUAAUUCUCAUAAAAAUUUGUGUAGAAUUGUAUGGUUAUCCAAUAAAAUUGCCAUUGUUUCUAUAUUCGUGUUCUCUUAAUUUAACGAACGCCAGGGAAUAUUAAAAUAAAAUGUUAAUAACAAGCAUGUGUAGCGUGAACCAAUUAUACCAAGGCCUACAACAUUCGAACAUGAAUUCUUUCAGACGACGAGCAGUACAUCUGCACUCACUGCGGGGAGAUGUUUGACUACCCUUUCCCUCUCAGGGCCCAUCUGAAGUUCAAAUGC